AUGCCUGGGUGGAGCUGCCUGGUGACUGGAGCAGGAGGGUUUCUGGGCCAGAGGAUUGUCCAGUUGUUGGUGCAGGAGAAUGAUCUGGAGGAGAUCAGGGUCCUGGACAAGAUCUUCAGACCAGAAACCAGAGAGGAAUUCUACAACCUACGGACAAACAUCAAAGUGACACUGUUGGAAGGAGAUAUUCUUGAUGCCCAGUAUCUGAAGAGAGCCUGCCAGGGAAUCUCUGUUGUCAUCCACACUGCUGCCAUCAUUGAUGUCACUGGUGUCAUUCCCAGACAGAAUAUCCUAGACGUCAAUCUGAAAGGUACCCAGAACCUAUUGGAGGCCUGUGUCCAAGCCAGUGUGCCAGCCCUCAUCUUCUGCAGCUCACUUAAUGUUGCAGGGCCCAACUCCUACAAGGAGAUCGUCCUGAAUGGUCAUGAAGAAGAGCAUCAUGAAAGCACAUGGUCUGAUCCAUACCCAUACAGCAAAAAGAUGGCCGAGAAGGCAGUGCUGGCAGCCAAUGGGAGCAUCCUGAAAAAUGGUGGCACUUUGCAUACUUGUGCCUUAAGACCCAUGUACAUUUAUGGGGAGAGAAGUCCAUUCAUUUCUAACAUAAUAAUUACAGCUCUCAAAAAUAAGGGUAUUCUGAGUGUUACUGGCAAAUUCUCCAUAGCCAACCCAGUGUAUGUGGGCAAUGUGGCCUGGGCACACAUUCUGGCGGCCAGGGGCCUUCGAGACCCCAAGAAGUCACCAAGCGUCCAAGGACAGUUCUACUAUAUCUCAGAUGACACCCCUCACCAAAGCUAUGAUGAUUUACAUUGCACCCUGAGCAAGGAGUGGGGCUUCCACCUUGAUUCCAGCUGGAGCCUUCCUCUGCCCCUGCUCUACUGGCUUGCCUUCCUGCUGGAAACUGUGAGCUUCCUGCUGAGUCCAGUCUACAGGUAUCGGCCUCUCUUUAACCGCCACUUGGUUACACUCUUAAAUAGUACGUUCACUUUCUCCUAUAAGAAAGCUCAGCAAAAUCUGGGCUAUGAGCCACUUGCCAGCUGGGAGGAAGCCAAGCAGAAAACCUCAGAGUGGAUUGGGACACUAGUGAAGCAGCACAGUGAGACACUGGAAGCAAAGUCUCAGUGA